GUUCCUUGUUUUUGUGAUCUCGCAGGUUGUAGCAUAGGCAAAUAGGCAUAACAUGGCUUAUAGGAGAAGGCAAGGUGUAUCAAGGUCUUCCACCUUCAAGGAAGAAUUUCAUCCAUCAUUGGAUGAUGUUAAGGAUUCUCCUGAUCAUGACAAUGCUUCUCCAUCUAUGUUCUCCUCUUCAUCUUCUUCUUCUUCAUCAUCAUCAUCAUCUCUGGCUGCUCAAGCCAUCAAAGCUUCUGCUUCUCGCCGUCAACCAUCUCUUUCCUUCGCCUUUGCCCCCUCCUCUGACUCUGAUCAUCAAAGAUCCACGAGCUUUGAUGCUUAUGGAAAUGGCAACUCCAAGUCUGGUUUCUGGGGAGUGUUGGCGCAGAAGGCCAAAUCAAUUCUGGAUGAUGAAAAGUCACCCCCACAACAUGACACCAUGCCUCGAACACUCAAAUCCCAUUCAUUUAAUACCUUUACAGGUCCCUCUUCUGCAGCUCAGAACCCCUCUUCACAAUUCAAGCCAGUAUAUGAAUCCCUCGACACUAGUAGAAAAAUGGACAAUCCUACAUUUCGGAAGGGCUUGGAUGCAAUCACUUCUUCCCUCAAUCAACUUGGUGACACCUUUGAGAAAGCUUUUGAGGAGGGGCGAACAAUGGUGGAGAAUAAGACAGCAGACCUGAGAACUCAAAUCAGGAGAAAAGGAAAUAACAGCGGGGACAAUAACCAAACUACAGAUGUGAGAAAUCCAUGGCAACAAUCAGCUCAGACACAGAAUCAAUCCACCCCUGAAACACAAAUCAAGGCAUCACGCGACGUGGCAAUGGCAACAGCUGCAAAAGCUAAACUACUACUUCGUGAGCUGAAAACAGUUAAAGCAGAUUUGGCCUUUGCUAAGGCAAGGUGUGCUCAGCUUGAAGAAGAAAACAAACUACUACGGGAUCGAGAGGGAAGCCAAAAGGGACAGAGCCGUGAAGAUGAUGAUUUGAUAAGGCAUCAACUGGAGACACUUUUAGCUGAGAAGGCACGUUUGGCAAAUGAGAAUGAGACAUAUUCUAGGGAAAAUCGUUUCUUAAGGGAAAUAGUGGAAUACCAUCAGCUGACAACGCAGGAUGUGGUGUAUAUUGAUGAGGGAAUGGAAGAAGUGAGUGAAGUAUACCCUGUAGAUGGCAAUGGGAUAACACGCUUGCUAUCUGUCUCACCACACUCAUCUUCACCAUCAUCUCCUCAUCAGGUUCCUAUGCUCACUAAAGAAAUAUUUUCUGUGCCGGAAGAAGAUGAUAAGAGUACAUCAGAAGAUGAGCCUCUUCCUAAUAAUAUCUCACUUCCUCAACAUGCAAAAUAAUGUUUUGUUUAUCAUAGCUUAGUCAUAGAUGACCCUCUCCUGUUUCCAGAGAAAUAUAAAUGCUUUUGAACCUUUAUCUAUUUCUUCACUUAUUGCCAUGUGAGGAAGAGAGUGG